AUGGCCGGAGCGGCGGCGGCGGUGGCCGCGGGGGCAGCGGCGGGCGCCGCCGCGGCCGCCGGGUCGGUGGCGGCGCCGGGCCGGGCCUCGGCGCCCCCGCCGCCCCCGCCGGUGUACUGCGUGUGCCGGCAGCCGUACGACGUGAGCCGCUUCAUGAUCGAGUGCGACGUCUGCAAGGACUGGUUCCACGGCAGCUGUGUUGGAGUAGAAGAACAUCAUGCCGUUGACAUUGACCUUUAUCACUGUCCCAACUGUGCGGUUCUCCAUGGUUCCUCUUUAAUGAAGAAGAGGAGGAACUGGCACAGGCAUGACUACACAGAAAUUGAUGAUGGUUCCAAACCAGUGCAAGCUGGAACUAGAGCUUUUGUGAAGGAAUUACGUUCUCGAGUCUUCCCAAGUGCUGACGAGAUCAUCGUGAAGACGCAUGGCAGCCAGCUGACGCAGAGGUACCUGGAGAAGCAUGGAUUUGAAGUCCCUAUUAUGGUCGCCAAAUUAGAUGACCUAGGACUCAGGCUCCCUCCACCCACUUUUUCUGUUGUGGAUGUGGAACGCUAUGUAGGUGGUGACAAAGUGAUAGAUGUCAUUGAUGUGGCAAGGCAGGCAGACAGCAAAAUGACACUUCACAAUUAUGUUAAAUACUUCAUGAAUCCUAACAGACCAAAAGUGUUAAAUGUGAUCAGCCUUGAAUUUUCAGAUACAAAGAUGUCUGAAUUGGUGGAGGUCCCUGAUAUAGCCAGAAAACUUUCUUGGGUGGAAAAUUACUGGCCAGAUGAUUCAGUCUUUCCUAAGCCAUUUGUUCAGAAGUACUGCUUGAUGGGCGUUCAAGACAGCUACACAGAUUUCCACAUCGACUUUGGUGGGACUUCAGUUUGGUACCAUGUCCUCUGGGGUGAGAAGAUUUUUUAUUUGAUAAAACCAACAGAUGGAAAUUUGGCCCUCUAUGAAGCUUGGAGUUCAUCUGUGACCCAGAGUGAAGUGUUCUUUGGAGAUAAGGUGGAUAAAUGCUACAAAUGUGUGGUAAAGCAGGGACACACCUUAUUUGUUCCUACAGGGUGGAUUCAUGCUGUGCUCACUUCUCAGGACUGUAUGGCUUUUGGGGGGAACUUCUUGCACAACCUUAACAUUGGCAUGCAGCUCAGGUGUUAUGAGAUGGAGAAAAGGCUAAAAACACCAGAUCUCUUCAAAUUCCCUUUCUUUGAAGCCAUAUGUUGGUUUGUAGCCAAAAACUUGCUGGAAACACUGAAAGAGCUGAGAGAAGAUGGUUUCCAGCCUCAGACGUACCUAGUGCAGGGAGUGAAAGCACUGCAUGCUGCUUUAAAAUUGUGGAUGAAAAAAGAACUUGUGUCUGAACAUGCCUUUGAAAUUCCAGACAAUGUUAGACCUGGACAUCUUAUUAAAGAACUUUCUAAAGUAAUUCGAGCAAUAGAGGAGGAAAAUGGCAAACCAGUUAAAUCUCAGGGAAUUCCUACUGUGUGUCCAGUUUCACGAUCCUCAAAUGAAGCAACUUCCCCGUAUCAUUCCCGACGGAAGAUGAGGAAGCUCCGAGAUCAUAAUGUCCGAACUCCUUCUAAUCUGGACAUCCUUGAACUUCAUACAAGGGAAGUCCUCAGAAGGUUGGAGAUGUGUCCAUGGGAAGAGGAUGUCUUGAGCUCUAAACUGAAUGGAAAAUUCAACAAACAUCUCCAGCCAUCUUCCACGGUACCGGAAUGGAGAGCGAAAGAUAAUGAUCUACGAUUACUGCUGACCAAUGGAAGAAUAAUCAAAGAUGAGAGACAGCCCUUUGCAGAUCAAAGUCUUUAUACAGCAGAUAGUGAGAAUGAAGAGGAUAAGAGAAGAACCAAAAAAGCAAAAAUGAAGAUAGAAGAGAGUUCAGGAAUAGAGGGUGUGGAGAAUGAAGACUCGCAAAAACCACUAAACAGGUUUUUUACAAGUGUGAAGUCAGAACUCAGGAAUCGAUCAUCAGAAUAUUCGGACAUUUCUGAUUCAGAAGACUCUGGACCUGAUUGCACUGCACUGAAAAAUAAUUUUGCCACUGAAGAGUCUGAAAGUUCAGGUGAUGAAAAGAAACAAGAAAUAACAUCAAACUUUAAGGAGGAAUCUAAUGUAAUGAGGAACUUCCUUCAAAAGAGCCAGAAGCCAUCUAGAAGUGAAAUUCCAGUUAAAAGGGAAUGUCCUACCUCGACGAGCACAGAAGAAGAAGCAAUUCAGGGCAUGCUGUCUAUGGCAGGGUUGCACUAUUCCACGUGUUUACAGAGGCCGGUACAAAGCACAGACCGCAGUGGCGACAGGCCCUCUGUCCAGGACCCCGGCAGCUGCCACAGCAGUGACCAUGAAGCUAGGCAGUUGUAUCGCUGUGAUAAGCCAGUAGAAUCUGGAUACCAUGUUAAGACUGAAGAUCAAGACUUGAGGAAUUCUUCCUGGAUGAAACAAUUUGAUACAACUUCCAGAUUUAAUCUUCAGGAUCUAAGUAGAGGCCAGAAAUACAUCAAAAAAGAAGGUUCAUCAGAAGUCAUUCAGAAGGUCCAAAGUAGGAAUUCUGUGGACAGCAGUGCCUCAAGCCUUCAGAAUGGAAAAUAUAUGCAGAAUUCAAGCUUGAGUGCAGGGGCAUGCCAGAUGAGUGAUGGCGGAGUGAGCCCGGAAAGGCCAGUUGGUGAAACUUCCUUCUCAGUGCCUCUUCACCCCACCAAGAGACCUGCAUCAAACCCACCACCUAUCAGCAACCAGGCAACAAAAGGUAAACGUCCAAAAAAAGGAAUGGCAACAGCCAAGCAACGUCUCGGCAAGAUCCUAAAGUUGAACAGAAAUGGUCACGCACGUUUCUUUGUGUGACGGAGCUGCUGUUGUGGCAUCUCUUCCCUUUGGAGACCAGUUUUGGGGAUGCAGGAGCCUGGAGCCCCAGCGUGCCCCACUGAAGCAGUUUGCAUGUACAGUAGGGAACACUGCCCGAAGAACAAAAUGAACCCGAUGCUGCAUUUUCACUGUGCCACACCCACUCAGCAAUAACCAUUUGGGACCUGGUGGGAGAGGACGAAGGAGGGUAGAACCUUAAAAGGAGACCUUGAACUGGAAAGGGUCUCUUGUCAGGGCUUGAAUUUCAUUUUGUUGUUGGUAGUGUCUUGAUUUAUUUUCAGUGGUAGGGUAAAGAAUUAUCAAUAAUUUAUUUAACAGAUUUUUUUUAAAGUUAACAGCUUUUAAAUUCUUUCUUUUUUAAAGCUAUUUAUUUGGAAGAUUUCUGGAGAAAUAUCUCACUAAUUUAGAUUUAAGAAUGUGAAGGUUUUUUAAAUUAUUUUUGAUAGUGUGUGUGUUACAUGUGGGGGAGAGCCACGGUAACAGUAACUAGUCUGGACUCUUAAAUUUGAUAUUCAGGUUAAAGUCUUAAACAGGGAUUUGAUGCAUUAAUUAUUUUAAAUUAAGAUGUAUAUGAAAAUCAUUUUAUUUUAUAUAUUUCAUGUGUUUUUUAUAAGCUAUUAGCUUCGCUUUUGCUAACAUCCAAGGUGCAUACUGUUAUCCAGGUUGAUUAUUUUAUAUCCCACCUCCCUCUGCGCUCCCCAUCUGUUUGUGAUGAUAUUACAAAACUCUUCUCUUUGCAGGGAAACACUUUCAUAGCCAAUGUAUAAGAAGUACAUAAACGAUCCUCCAUUUCUCAUUUCAUUUGACAUGGCAAUUUUCUUCUCAAUAUAAAAAUAGGCUUCUUGCAUUUUCAUUUUUGCUGGUGAUAUCUGGGUCCCAAAGAGAACAGCUUUAAUAUCUUUUUCCUACUUGUGGGAAAAGUAUUAUCAGUUUGGUUAAAUUGUCAUGUUUGUAGUUUUUCAAAUACAUUUGUAACUACAGAGGGCCUUCUUCGUACUGCUGGUGUUGGAGGGCACGGCUGAUGCCUGCCACAGAGGGUAUAUUUUAUGACGCUUUUAUUCUGUGAUUUAUUGGAGAAUAUGGUUUGAUGUAGUAUAUUCAAAUCUGCAUAAUAAGCCGUAAUAUAAUAAGACUAUACUAUAUUAAGUUGUAUAGAAGCAAGCAUGUUGGAGUAGAUCUUUUGGGUGUGUGUGUGUGCGUGUGUGCACGUGUGUUUAGUUUUUUAUUUCUUAACCUUCUAAAGAAUUAAGAUAUGAAUUUGGAGUAAAAUGGGUGCUUCUUGCGGUUUCUUCCAUCUGUCCUGACUUAACCAGUGCAUAUUGAGGUUAAGUAUCUGGUUGAGCUUUAUGGAUUCAUUUAUCUCCUUUAUGCACAUUUUUAACUAAAUGCCAGUUUUCAGUUGCUCAUAAUAGCUUCUAUUUUUCCUUCCCUUCCCCCUGUCCAUAGCAUAAACAUGAGUGAUUUUGUGGAAGGGGGUGGAGAUAGUCCCAAUUCUGAUAAUAGAGCAUUUUUUACAGAUCCUAUAAAGAAAAUAUAGACAAAUAGGAUAAAAUUUAUUUUUAUGGUGAAGAAAUAUGACCGUAUCACAGAUCUGUCUUUUUUUUACUCAGCAAGGUAGCAGGCCUUUCCCCUCCAUAUUCAGUAUCAGUUGAGUGUGGAAUGAUCUUUCAUGGUUGCAUUCAGAUGUGUAUUUUCAAAGAAAUAUUUCUUACUCUCUCUCCAUUCCAAUAUUCCAUGGAAUAAAUACGAAAUAGCUUAUGAAUUAAGCCUUUUUUGUCCCAGUGACUCAACUAAAGUCGGGAUCUUAGCUGGGUGUCAGGAGGAAUUUUAUGGAAUAUUAAAUGUCUAUAAAUGGCUGCUUAAACUCUAACUAUUUAAGGGCGUACAGUCAUCAGUUGCUUAUCAGAUCUCAAGAUGUUAAAAAUUUUGGGUUUGACUGAUUUUCCCACCUUCCCCACACAAUAUAUUACUAUGAUAUUUUGGUUUCCUGUAGAUACCACUUUAGUGUUAUAGUACACAUUUUGGUUUUGGUUAAAGAUCUAUGAAUUACUAAAAAAAAAGAAGAAUUAUAAUUUCUUUUUCCAGCAACAUCAUGAUCUGUGUUUUUUUGUUUUCUUUACAUUUUUCACAGCUCGUAAGUUUUUUUAAUUUCCUGACUUUCCCCCUUUAGCCCAAAGAUUUAAAUAAAACAAUAUAUUUUUAUGAAUUAAAAUUGUGUCCAAUAUCCACCCUGUGUACUUAGGCCAGUAAAUGCUAAUUUUAAGGAGCCAGUAUGUAGAACUUCUAAGCGAAAGGUACUGUGGAUUCUCUUUUUUAGCCCAUUAACUAAGUUAAGAAAAACUUUCAAUAAGGUGAUAAAACCACUAAAACACAAUACAUGUAUCUUUUUUGAAUUGGUGAAAAUUUAGCUAUUUAUCCUGCUCAAACCUCUUAUAAAGUUGCUUUUAUAAAGUUGUGCUUCUCUUAUCUCACAGAAGUGACUGGACUUUGAGGAAGCUGCAGCCAGUAUCUGGAACUCAACCGUAAGAGACACUGUUCCUCUUUCCCUCAGUCGCUCAAACAAUACUGCGGUCCAGACACUAUAGAGAGGAAGACAGUAACAUAGGCAUUUAGCUAGUUAUAAGCAAUUACAAAUAUGUAAAACAGUUAGGAAUGAAUGAAUGAAUUUUAGUUGUAGUAAUACAUAAUCAUCUUCCUAUAUCAAUGCAAACAAGUGACUGUUAACAGGGAUCCCCUGUACUUCAACUAACAAUGUCUUAUUAUGCUGUCAGUGUCCAGUAUUGAUUAAUAAUGUAAGCCGGCCAAAGUAGCAGUUUAUACAAGUUCAGUAGCCUGAACUUCAUAAGCAUCAGUUAACUUUUAAAAGUCUAAAUUUUUAAAUUCUGAGCAAAUUCAUAAACAGAGAGAAAACUACCCCGUCAUUAUCACCACUUAAAUACUGAGCUUGAAUACUAUUCUAUUUUUUAAUAAUGCUAAUUAUUGCCUUUUUAAUGAACUCUACUGUAUUUAUUCAUAUGAGAUCAGCAUCUACUGUGCAGUCAAGCACUACUUAGUUCUGUGGGGAAUAUAAAGUUGAUGCUGUCGUCUCUGCCCUUGGAGGCGUCUUCUCCAGGAAAUAAGCAGUAUUAUCUCACGACUACAGCCUACACAGACUCAAACGAGAGGUCCCAUUUAUAAAGAAAGCAGUAUAACUUUAUUAGCCUCAACCUACUAUACAACUAUAGAAGUGGAAGUGAAAAAAAUUUGCUUUUAUUUUAAAAAUUUAAAAACAUUUUAAAGGAGUGUUGUUAGUAGGGGAGGGAGCAGAAAACCUGGGUUUUGACCAUUUGCUUAUCAACUUGUGACCUUAAAUAAGUCGCUUAUUCUCCUGAGUCUUAGUUUUCUCAAUUGUAAAUUUGGAUAAAAAUGUGUUUAAGAAAAACAGGAAGCACUCUUUAAUCUACUAACACUUCAUACUUGCUGAGAAUCUGUCAUUAUUCAAGUUAAAACUAAUAAUGAAUGUACAGGUAUAUGCAUUUUUAAAUGAAAACUGCUGUUACACAUAAAACUUGUUUCAUAUCAAAUAUAUGCCCAGAGCAUACUGCCUGGAAGCUCUCAUAAUAAGGUGCUGAAUUAAAAUCAGAACCAGUGCUUGAUUACAAGAAAAAAGAAAGUUUGUGGAUAAGAGUGAGACUGUUUACCCCUCAUCAUUAAGAUGAUUUUAGAUAAUGGAAAGAUAGUUUUAGGUUUUUCUCAAAAAGGAACUAGGACAAUACUGCCCUGCUGAGUCUGUGUACACUUAAAGCACUAGAUAAAGAUAAACAAAGCCGUGGAAUUUAAAUGAUCUAGUAAACACCCUUGGACCUGAUUGGGGGUGGGAAAGAUGUUCAGAAAGAUGGGAUUCACCCACUGUAGACAGUGCAGGGCUGGCUUUCAACAACUUGUUCGGGGAAGAGAGAGGCUGCUGUAGGAAGUGUCAGGAAGGAGCCUUGACAUCUUCCAAAGAAAAUUCCCCUCUUUUUGAGAGAUACUCUUUAAUGAUAAGACGAAGAAUGGGUGAAUAAGCAUGUGGCCCGGUACACUAUUGCCAGAAAUAAAUGUUGCAGGUAGAAACAUUUUAUGAUUUAACAUUAAAAGACCAGGGGUUUAUAAUACAAAUCUGACUUUUUAAAUAAAAAUCCACGGUUCUCAUUAAACAAGAGAAGCUAAAGAUGGCCAAUCAUUUUUGGAUGCUCUUGGACCGUCAUCUAAAGUGAUCUUGAGAAGGUUGAGUGUAAGAUCUUUAGCUGAGAAGAGAGUGACGCCAGUAAAUAAAGGAGCCAGGUGAAGCCCAGGCAGGGCUUCCCUGGGGUGGCAGUGGAUCCAGCCCCUCACACCUUGCUUCCUCGAAAGCCCCUGGUCUGUGGUGCGCGCAACCUCUGGCCGUGCCAAGGAUGUUGAUGUGCUUACUCUAGCAGCUGGGAGGAGAGAGGGAAGAAGUAGUAGACUCACUACACUGCUGUUGAGCGUGAUGGAACUUGAAUGCUGUAGCCUUACCAAAAACCCUCCCUUUAUUUUAAUUUGCUUUUCAGUGAGCGUCAUGCCAUAAUUAAAAUAGUUGAUACUCCUUGCCUAUAUAAAUUUUUCAAUUAAGGUCAUUAAGAACAAAUGUCUACUUCCAAAGCAUUUAGCCUAUUGUGAUUGACAGUGCUCUUAUGCUGUGCUACUCCUUUACCUGUCUUCUGCCCCUUAGAGCCUCCCGCUCACACCUGGUGCCCCUUCAAGUAUCCUAAAGCUUCAUCUUCACAAAUGCGAUGUUCAGGUUUUUUGUUAAAAACCAUUUGAAACUGUAUUCAGUGAUUCUUCCAACAAGUUUAUCUGCUCUGCACUAUUUCACUAAUAAACCCUUGCUACUACGUAGCCUUGACCUCCAAGUAGUUUACCUAUGCAAGACCUGUGACAUCGUGAGUUCACUUUUCUUUAUUUCAGAAAGCAAUCCUAGAUGGAACUUAAUCACAAAGAUAACCUUUGCCUCCACCCAGUGUUAUUUUGACCAUUUCCUUUUCAAAAUAUCAACCAAGAUUUUUCACCAAAACAAUAAUCAUAAGUGCUGGAAUAUAUAUUUUGCAGGAAUAAAGUAACCCAGCCAUACUCUUCCAUAGCUUUGGUUGGUAACAGUUACCAGAUUUAAGCAUAAUCUAUAAUGAGGAGUUGGUUCCUUGCCUAGACUCAUUUCUUCCCUCGAAGAUGCAUUAAGUAACCUUUUAUUUUUACAAAGCAUACAUAGAACUUCCACAUUAUAGUCAGGGACCUGAGGUGUAACUUGCUAAGUGAACCCCAAGGUUAUUUAUCUUGCAAAAGAAACCUAAACCAAACUAAGGGCCUUACAGUGAUGGUUAGACUGAAUCAAAGCUAUAACCUCAGUUUCUCCAAAAACAGCUUCUGACUGCACAAGCACGUCACACAGUUGUUACGUAUGAAAGAGCACUGACCAGGAAGCGCGCGCGGGUCCUUGCGGGCUGUUUCCUUCGGAAAAGACUUUUCUACUUUUACUAUAAAUUAAGCCAUAACAGUUUCAUGCUGUGGAAAGAGGGUGAAAAGGUUCAUUUUAAGAGAUUAUAUAAUAAGAAUUUUCACAUUUACUGUGAAAUGUCUGACUUUGCCAGUGCUUCAGCAGGUUUGUGUUUUUUUUUUU